UAUAUAGAAAGAGAAAAAAGGAAAAGGAAAAGUCACGUUAUUCCCGGAGUUUUCUAUUUCUGUUUCUAGAAAUUUCGCGCUUCUCCUCUAAUCAUUUUCUCCAGCAAUUUCACGACGAAAAUUCGAAGCACACAAAAUUCAACUUUAUUUUCCCACUUCUGUUUACGAGUUUUUAUUUAUUUAUUUCUGGUUUCAGAAGGUGUUGAGGAUUUGUAAAAAAAAAUUCUGCUCUGUUUCUGGCGCCUUUCAGAAUGCAAUUGCAUUGGUGAAAGACACUGGAAGCUUCUGUUUGCAUUGUAUUAUGCAGAAGUUUGACAUGACGGGAGCAAAUCGCAAUGAAAACUUGGCUGAGUUGAAACAAAGUUGGUGAACUGUGGUUGUAAUAAGAAGUGGCAAAAAGAUGGCUUCUGUGCUGGCUAAUCUGUUUCCAAAACUGGGCUCUUUGGGUACUUCAGAUCAUGCUUCUGUUGUAUCUAUUAACCUUUUUGUAGCACUCCUUUGUGCUUGCAUCAUAAUUGGUCAUCUCUUGGAGGAGAACCGCUGGGUAAAUGAGUCCAUUACUGCCCUCAUAAUUGGUUUGGGUACGGGAGUGGUUAUCUUACUCAUAAGUGGGGGAAAGAGCUCACACCUUCUGGUGUUCAGUGAAGAUCUAUUUUUCAUAUAUCUACUUCCUCCAAUCAUAUUUAAUGCAGGGUUUCAGGUAAAAAAGAAGCAAUUUUUCGUGAACUUCAUUACUAUAAUGAUGUUUGGAGCCAUUGGUACACUGGUCUCAUGUGCCAUUAUAUCAUUAGGUGCCAUUCAAACUUUCAAGAAGUUUGACAUUAGAUUUCUAGACAUUGGGGAUUAUCUUGCAAUUGGAGCAAUAUUUGCUGCCACAGAUUCCGUCUGCACAUUGCAGGUCCUUCAUCAGGAUGAGACACCCCUCCUUUACAGUCUUGUAUUUGGAGAAGGAGUUGUAAAUGAUGCUACAUCGGUGGUGCUUUUCAAUGCUAUUCAAAACUUUGACCUUACGAGCGUGAAUCUCAGUAUAGCCCUCAGUUUCCUUGGCAACUUCUUCUAUCUGUUCCUUGCUAGCACUUUACUGGGAGCAGCAACGGGUCUUCUUAGUGCUUACAUUAUCAAGAAGCUGUAUUUUGGCAGGCACUCCACAGAUCGUGAGGUUGCUCUUAUGAUGCUCAUGGCUUACUUAUCAUACAUGUUGGCUGAACUAUUCUAUUUGAGUGGGAUUCUCACUGUAUUUUUCUGUGGUAUUGUAAUGUCUCAUUACACUUGGCACAAUGUGACCGAGAGUUCAAGAGUCACUACAAGGCACGCUUUUGCAACUCUGUCAUUUCUUGCUGAGACUUUCCUCUUCCUGUAUGUCGGUAUGGAUGCGUUGGAUAUCGAGAAGUGGAAAUUUGUUAGUGACAGUCCUGGAUUAUCAAUUGCUGUGAGUUCGAUACUGAUGGGACUAAUCUUGCUGGGGAGAGCUGCCUUUGUUUUUCCAUUAUCAUUCUUAUCAAACUUAAUGAAGAAAUCCUCGGAGGAAAAAAUUACCUUUAGGCAGCAAGUGAUAAUAUGGUGGGCGGGUUUGAUGAGAGGUGCAGUGUCCAUGGCACUGGCAUAUAAUAAGUUCACUCGUUCUGGACACACUCAAUUGCAAGACAAUGCAAUAAUGAUUACCAGCACUAUAACGAUUGUUCUUUUCAGCACAAUGUUAUUCGGUUUAUUGACAAAACCUCUUAUAAGUCUCCUGCUGCCACCACAGAGGCAGUUGAGUACAGUGUCAUCAGAUGCAAAUACUCCAAAGUCUCUAACAGCCCCACUCUUAGGCAGUCGAGAGGGCUCUGAUGUCGAUCUAAAUGGUCAAGAUCUUCCUCACCCACCAAGUUUGAGGAUGCUACUUACCGCACCAAGUCAUAAAGUGCACAGGUACUGGCGCACGUUUGAUGAUACAUUCAUGCGCCCUAUGUUUGGUGGUCGGGGAUUUGCUCCUCCUGCCCCUGGUUCUCCAACAGAGCCGGGUCCAUGAUGAUGUGCACAGAGAGAAAUGAAAUUGAUGUAAACGAAAUGAGCCAAGGGACUUCCGAUGGGUCCUUAAACAUUGUGUACACAUAUGCUGACAGCAUUAUGAGCUUCACCCAGGUCCUUCAACAUUUGGUACUGCUCACUUAUAUUUAUUUAGCAAAUUCUAUAACAGAUUAAAUGUUCAUAAAUUCAAAGAUACACAGCAUAAUCCUUUCGUUUGCAUUGGAGGGUUUAGAAACGGUGAAGCUCUGGCUGACCACGCCGAGUGUGUGUGUAAGUUAAUCCUGAAAAUGCAGUCCUGGAUGGCAAUAUUGUAAAUUUCGGCUACUGAAUGUUGCUAUCUUCUUUUUGCUUUGGUGCAAUUUCCUGUGGUAUUAUAUAUCCCAUUUGUAAUGUUCAAUGAACUUGAGAAACAAUAAAUUGUGAGAAAGCAGUAAUGAAAUUUCCCAAAAUCAUUUUCAGUUA